GCUCCACCCGCAGCGGGGCGCUGCCGCUGUGCCGUGCCGGGAGCGUGAGCGCGGCGCUGGCGCAGGGGUGAGGUACGGGAGGGAACUGGCGGCCUGAUCCCCGCGCCGCGCCUGAGGCGAUGGCGGGAUGCGGGCCCUCCUGGGCUGUCGCAGCCGCCGCCUGCUGGGCCCGAUCCCCGCGACUGCCGCCCCAUGAGCCGAGGAGCGGAUGGGCCUGAGGAGUGCCCAUCCGAGGGCGUCGUCAUUGCCCCUCAGCCCUGUUCACCCUCUGGUACAGCCAGAAGACUGGGUUCUGCUGUGGAUAGCAGAGCUGCUCAGAGGAAAAUUAAUUUUUUUUUUUUUUUUUUUUGUAGUUUUAUGCUGGGUUAAAGCCCAAACCAGAUUGAUACAGAACAGCGAAAAACUAUGUAUGCUGGGAUUUUUAAUGUCAAAUAUUACAGUGUUUCACUGUGGGUGGACAAAUUCUCCCUGGUUCAGGUGGGUUUCCUGGGAUAAUCCUGCUCAAAGGCCACAGACCAGCUGAGGAUUGCUGCCCGACAGGUGUCGUGAUUUUCUGAAAGAAUAACCUUGCUGUGGCCAAGGUGUGCGUUUAGUGCCAGGGCUGCCGGUGCUGUCGAGCUUUGGAGGAAGACAAACUAUGAUCUAAGUGCUUUUCCCUUCCUUCUCCUCUAGCGGUGGGAACUGCUGUUGAUACACAAAUCUGGCUGCUUCUUUGACAUCAGCCUCAGCCCAAUGCCACAAGCCUCGCAGAGAGCACAAAGGAUGGUUUAAAGCAGAGUGUCCCCAUCACUGUACAGCACCCCAGAAGACCACAGCUGGGAGGAGAUUCCAGGAAAAUGGACCCUGAACUGCUGAAGCUCCCACUUGCAGUCAAGAUCCCUGUGCCACCUGGAACCAAGCCUGUCUUCUCCAGGGGAAAGCUGGGCCAAAAUCUUAUCAGGCCAUGCCCUUAUUUCAAUCUGGAUGACCCCUACAGCCACCACCUCAGCCCAGCAUACAACUGCCUGCACGAUCCCAUCCUUCAGGACUACCACAAGCGCAAGGACAUCCUGCAGUUGCUGAAGAGACAGGGAGUCAUCACCAGUGACAACAAGGUGGUUUGCACUCUGAAGGAGUUCAACGAGUACAGGAACUACCUGACCAGGCUCAAGCUGCAGACAGAGCAAUUCUUAAAGCAACAAGAGGAAAGGCUUCUGCCACUUCAGGAGAAAUUAAAGGAUGGUCCCAAACUGCCAGGACCCACUGACACUUCCCGCCGGCGGAAACGGCGGCUGCAGCCUCAGACACCUUCCAGCCUAUCCCCACCCAAAAGCCAAAAAUUAGGGGAAUGCAGAAUAGGGAGAGCAGCUUUGGACAAGGGCCAGACUUACUCCAGAGCUGCACUGGACCAGGAGGAUGACAGCAUUGCUGCUGGCUCCUGGAGGAAGCCAGAUGGCACCUCCAGUGGCCUGUUGAAUGCUGUGUGUGAGCAACUCACUGCAGCAGAAGUCAUGGUGCUUGAAGAGCUGGUUGAGAUAGUGGUGCACAGAGUGUUGGAGAGGCUGGAGAUUCCUGAGAAUCAGUAUGCCAGCUUUUUACAGAGGCCUGGCCAGGAAAUCAGAGGAGGACUUUUAGGCAGCUGCAUGAGAGAAGAGCCUUCGGAUACUUCUCUGGAUCACCGUCAGAAAAUGCAAGCGCUGGCAAAAGAGCUUGCAGCAACAGUGUUGGAGAUCUUGGGGGAUCACCUGGCAUCCAGCACAUCCAAAGCUGCUAAGACAGGGAUGCCAGCCAGGUGGGAGGAGCUGCCUCUUGCUGGAAGAACCACCCAAGCAGACAAAUCCAAGGACACUGAAACAGCCACUGCAGAUAGAGCACUUGCACAGACUUCCCCUGACACACUCACCAGAGAAGUUGUUGAGAAUGUUCACUGCACCUUGGAAUCUUUUGUAACUUCUGAGUUUGAGCAAGACACUAGCUGUGAUUACACUGAAAUCGUGGAGCUUCCUGGGGGAAAUGUCUGCAACAGACAACUGCAGCCACCCCAGACCCUUCCAAGGCAGGGUAUGGAAGCAGGACAAGGAUUCUCCAGAGCAUCUGAACAGCAGAGCCUGAAAGCAAGUUUGCCUGCCCUUGCAGAAAGGGCUGGGUAUGCCAAAAUCAUGGAGCCUGAGGACUCUGCAAUGGUGAAAGAGCACUUGGAAAGAAAAAUGAACCUAGAGUCAACUGCCUUAGCCAACACUUUGGAUGUAAGGACCAUGACAGAUGAGAUUGCUGACUCAGUAUUAGAGCAGAUCAAUCAACCUGUGCCUGCACCAGCCCCUGAAGAGAAUUUUCAAGGGGCUGUCGCCACCCCAGCCACAUCCCAAGGCAGAAUGGAGAACUGUGCUGCUGAGGAUGCUCUCCCUUCUGUGGACCCAUAGCCUUCCCAACAGACCAUCCCUUUAGCCCAGGCCAGAGCAUGGCACAGAGCAGAGUGCCCAAAGCUCACCUGAGGCAACUGAGGUGCCUGACUGGAGAGCUGAAGAGCCCUGGACAGCACACACAGACCACAUCCUUGUGCUGGUGAUAAAGAGUUUAUUUCCAAGGC